CUUAUUGGCAUACUGAGGUGGAGAUGCUGAUCGAUAGUUGUUUUAGCGAGUUAGUAUUACUAAUUGGUGCUGUUGCUAAAACUGAUAAUAAGGUGUUGUGUAAAGAAUUAGCUAUAAGUAGGGAAUUAGAUAUGUUUGCUGAUGACAUAGAAG